CAAGGCAGUAGCGUCUUUCAAAACCGUCCGCUACCGUCGGCUGCUAAAUCUCAAGUUUAUUUUGUUUCACAAUUACCAAAAUCGGCGAAUAAAACAGGGACAUUCACAGUGGUCAUUGGGGGAACUAACAAGUUUAAUGUUCAGUUAGAUUCGUCAUCAGGAAAUAAGGACACGACAGUUUCUUGCGACGGAGCACGAUCAGCUGAUUGCAGCAGACACCAUGCUGGGAUUCCGAUUCCGGUGAAGGGGUUGAGGUUAUACUCUCGGUCCUUUGCGAUGUGCCCCAGUCGUUAAAGUCCAAAGUACGGCGGCCCAAGCGAAAGUUCACCGAUCAAAAUGUCCAGCGCAGAGCAAGUAGGAACUCUGGUGUCAAGUCUGCGGACAAUGAUGCCGUCAGGUGCUUCAUUUGGAAGAAUGUCAACUCAGAAGGUUGUUUUUAUAUCAGUCACUGCUGGUAUUACUUUACUUGGCAUACUGGCUCGCUAUCUGAGAAGACGCAGAAGAACGGUGAAGCCCGACUUCUUCAGAAAGUAUCCCAGACGAUACACCAAAAGCUCAACCUACAGCAUCAAAAGUCCCAAUGGAGACGUGCUGAGCCAAGCCAGCGGCAGCACUGCUGCUGGAGGGCACGGGCCGCGGCUGUCGCGGCGCGGCUCGGUGCUGUCCAUGCACACCAUGAGCACGGACAGGCUGUCCCUGCCCUCCAGCUCCGUCGUCGGGGGCGCCCCAGGCGACGCCCGCGCGCCGCUCGCGCCUCAGGAGCUCGGCAGCUUAGGCAUGGAGGCGCUGGAGACGGCCAUCUCGUACUGGUACGAGGUGCUGGAGGCGUACCAGCAGCAGAGCCGCGCCGGCGGCACCCUCGCCAUCCCGUCGGCCGAGGAGGCCGAGUUCACCGCCCACCUGCAGGAGCUACUGGACGACGCGUACCGCCUGCAGGAGCAGGGCGACCAGCUCUUCCACGAUGAGCGCUCGAUCCUCUUCAAGGCGGAGAGCUCUGCCCGCGGUGCCGGCAGCGUGGCCGCCUCGCUGUCCGAGUACCGCUCCAACACCAACACGGGGGUCAUGUCCACCCCGGAGUCCUUCGUGUCGGCGCAGGACGAGGUGGCAGAUUUGCGUGAACUGGAUGAGUUUCAAGAUACCUUCCCUGGGCUUGACACGCUUCCUCUUUACAAAGAUGCUGUUAAAAAACUGGAAGAGGAAGGUAUACCGUACAGAUGCCUACGAACUGAAAUGGUGCACUGCAAUUCUGACACAGAAUACUUGAGCAAGUUGCACUGUGUUCGUCUCGCAUUCCAAUAUUUAUUCCUGGACCACUCCACAUGGCAAUGGUUUGCUGAUGCAGGCCGACAGGUUCUCGUGGAUCUUCUGUUAUUUGCUGACAAGGAUCCAAAGGAUUUUCUUGUCGCAUAUGAAGAGAUGCUAGAGUUUUUACAAGAGCUGAAGCAUUGGGAAGAUGUUGAGAAGGAACUUGGCUUCAAAGGAGUGAAAGCAAUGACAUUCUUUGAUGUUGUUAUGGAUUACAUACUGAUGGAUGCAUUUGAUGAUCUUGAUAACCCUCCGUCAUCAGUCACAGCUGUUAUUCAGAAUCGAUGGCUUUCAAAUGGUUUUAAAGAGACGGCUCUGGCAACAGCAGUGUGGUCAGUUUUGAAGGCAAAGAGAAGAAUGUUGAAAUACCCUUAUGGAUUCAUGUCUCAUUUUUACUCAAUCUCAGAACACAUGUCACCAUUAAUGGCUUGGGGAUUCCUAGGGCCUGAUGAAAAACUGAGAGAAGUUUGUUAUUAUUUUCGAGAUCAAGUAAUGGGCCUGCUACAAGACAUAUUUAGCUUCAAUAAGUCACGAUAUACAGUUGUGGGUGAACUAGCUUCAGAUAUCUUCUCUCAUAUUAAAACGAGGGUUGAUUACAUUACAGAAAAGCUUUCUGUUCCGCCAGGCUGAUUUUUAAGAUUUUAAUAAUAUAACUUUACUUUUUGGUUUGGUGGUGUAUGGAUGGUUUCAUGAAUCAUCGUGGGGUAGUGGCUUUUGCAUGCUACUGUAUUACAUGCUGCAUAUAAAUUUGUUCAUAUUUCUAACUGCAGCUACAAAUUUUUUAAUUGUAUUUUAUGUGUGCAGGACUUGUUAAAUCAUGUUUUUCCUUGUUUAUUGAAAUGGGAGUUUAGUAUCGAACUUAAUAGCAACUAGUUUUGUGCAAGUGUGUGUGUGUGUUUUAUGUAUGACUGUGAGUGUGUACUUUUCAUAUUAUGAUGUGACAAUAUUUCUGAGUGCAAGGCACAAAAUUAGUGUUGAUUAAUUGACUGUUAAGAAUAUUUACAUUAAUUUUGCAAAGGUAGGCAGUAAAGUGCAAGUAAAGUUGUGUGUUAUGGACAAAUGUCUGUGACAUGCAAAGUUAUGCGUCAUCAGCUCUUCCCUUGAUGUCAGUUCAACAGGGGUUCAUUCCAUUUUCAUUUGCCAUGCUCAGUAUUAAGUACAAAAAUACUUGAAAUAAUCCUUAUUAUUGUAAUAUUAAUAGACUUAAAAUAUUAUAAUACAAUUCUGCCUUAUGAUUGACUUCAUGUAUUGAAAGCUCUCACUACAAGCAAGAAGUUCUGUCUCAACUUCUUCUUUGCCAUGUUAAAAAAUUUCAAUCACUUCUCAUAGUCUCCUAGUAUGAUUGAUGACUUUAUAGAUCAGUCAUGAAGUUAACAAUAGGGGACUUCCAUGUAAUAGCUUUGUUAAAAUCCUCCCACCCCUUUUCCCCACAAAAGAAAGCUCCAAAAAUUGACUUAACAAUUGCAGUCUAUAAUAAAGCUAUCAAAGGAAA